GCUGCCUUGGUUAACGUAAGAUAUUUAGGCGCUGGCUGUAAGUUACAUCGCACACUACAAGCGGUUUAAUGCCUAGGGCUAGGAAGUGCUUACAAACCAAGAAUGUUUUUUUGGACAAUAGUUAUUCUUUUAGAGGUUCAGCUGCGGAAACUACAUUACUCAUUCCGGUGUUUCUUCUUUCUCCAGGCCGUCUAGAUAUUUGCAUAACUAAGCUUUUCAGUUCAUUUACCCAGCUGAAACCCAAUUUAUAAUUUAUUCUACUUCUUCAGACGAGUUCGGAGAGGAAUUUGUCCUUUUUGAUCAGUGAAGCUAACAAUUAAGUUUCAAAGCAUCCGUGUCGAGAAACACCUCGCGCGCAAGAAAUGGCGAAAGGUAUUGUUUCUUAGCUUAAAAUGGUGAACUCUUGAUUUUCUUCGUGAUUCAAAACAAGUUGUAGCGGUUUGAAUGGGGCUUUAAUAUCACUAAUUAGUGUUUUGUAGGGUAAUCUCUCCAAGUCAAUAACAUGCGUCUGUUUUAUAAUAGCAAAAUAGAGGCUACAAUAAAGUCUUGAGGUAUUUUAAGGCAACAUUUCUGCUGGAGGGACUUUGAAAUUUCCAUUGUGUUUGAAUAUUUCAUGAAUUUUCAGUUUCCGCCGCUUCGCCCCAUGGAUUUCCGUUGUGAGUUUGUCUUUCUUGCAUACAUGAUUAGGGUUGCAUUGUUUUGGCUGUGAAUCAGUACAGGUUUCUUGAGAACAUAGCAAUAAUGCAGUGACAGGAUUCAUCUGUGGAAAUGAGCUAGAGUGCUAGUUGAAUAUUUUCCACAGAUGCAACGGUCCACAAGUUGUUUUGUUUUUAUUUGCAUACAUGUCCAAUACACCCCACUGCCUUGGUUCAUCAGGGGUAGUUGAUGAAUCUACCCUGCGGAAGUUGAAUUGUGUUAACAUGCUGGUAGCUGGGGGGCACAAGCUAGUGGGAUAGUGGCAACUUGAACCUUCCUUGUUCUUUGAGUGUGAAACAGCCAGAAGUCAAUUUGCACGAGAAGAUAAUAUUGAUGAACCUGCACACAAUUUGACUCAAUUCAACUUGACUUGUCCUUGGUUAUGUCGAUCUGUCUGACUGUAAGUCAAAUCGCAGAAGAACACAGAAAACGCAACUCAUCUUCAGUUAAGUUGAUUGGUCUCACUGUAAGUCCAAUUGUAGAAGAUCCCCAUACACACUUGAGUGUAAGAGGGUAAUAAAUGUGGAAGAAUUGGGACAAUUCACUCGGGUCAACCUGACUCAUCUUUUGUUGAAAAGAUCCAUCUCACCGCAUGUCAAUCUGCUCAAGAACACAAUACAAACUUAAGUGUUAAAUGGGGGUACUAAUAUUGAGGAAGUGACAAUUUGUAUGGUUUGACUUGACUUGUUUAUAGUGAAGUCAAUCUGCAUUGGAAGUCAAUCCGCAGAAGAACACGAUAAACACUCAUGUGUUAAAUGGGAUAGUAUAUGUUGACAAAUCUACAUGAUACGCAGGGGUUGAGUUGUUUUUAGUUCAUAAGUAGAUCCAUGUCACCCAAAAUCAAUUUGCAGAAGAACACAAUACACAUUUAAGGGUUAAAUGGUGGUGGUAAAUGUUAACAAAUUGACAUGAUUUGCUUGGGUUGACUCGAUGCAUUUUUGGUUAAGUUGAUGCUGAGUUGUAGAAAAACAAAGUUAUACCCUACAAGCACUAGAGGGUAGUAAAUGAAGGGUAAUAAAUGUUGACCAAUUGACAUGAUUUGCAUGAGUUGACUUGACUUGUCUUAGGGAAACAAAGUAAAAUUGUCUUAGGUAAAAAGCAUAUGAACUUUUCUUGUGUAACAUGAAAAGAUAGGGACACUAUCAACACUAUAUCUGGUUUUUCUUUUUAGCAUCUUCCAUUUGUUACAUGCAUGGGAAGUUUGCAGAGAACUGAAUACACUAGAGCUGUUGACGAUCCCAUUCUGAUAGCUGCUCACACAAGCCCCCCCUGCGUACAUCUGAUUACCUUAUUUUCAAGCUUUUGUUUUAAAAACAACAACUGUGAAGGCUCAGUGUGACAUGAAGGCUACAUGGCUGGCUUUUUCACUUGAUCAUGUUUGUUUAUUUUGUCUUUUAACAGUUCUUUAUUUUAUAGGAAGGAGCUUUUUAACCUUUUAAACCCUAAGAGUGACUUGCAUCUAAUUUCUACCUGCAAUAUCACCCCUGAAUCACACAUUAAGGUCAUGAGAAUGAAGGAAAUGAUUACCAACAAGAGAACAGUAAACAAAAUCUCCUUAAGAGCACCUUAGAAAAUGUAUAAAGAACAGUAUGGAGAAUAUGCAUAAUGACAUUAGGGUGUUAAGGGUUAAACUAACUUGGUUUUAUGUCGGUUGUAUAGAAGUAUGUCUGAGGAAAAAAAGAGGAAAUUGUUGGUGAAACAGAGAUUGUGAUAUUUAUUUUCCAAGCUUAGCAAUGUCGAGCUUUGAUUUAAUGAUUUCUAUUGAUUUAGACCAAAUUGUGCGAAGCCAAUGGCUACAGUGUUGAUAACUAAACACCAGGUAUGCUUCAGGUUCUAAAGGAGAUGAAUUGUUCAAUUCUCAAUUUCAAAAAAGUCAAGUUGAAUUGAGUUGAUUGGACAACAUUUUCAAUGUAGCAACUUGCAGAAUGACAAAUGAGACAAAUCAUGUGAUUUUCAGUUGAAUGGAGUCAACUCAACAACAUUUUCAAUCCUCCCUCAUAGCAGGUUGCGGAAUAUAUUCUUAAUGUCUUGCAAAUUAACUUCUGGUAUGAUGGGUUCACUUAAAAGGAGAUGAAUCAUUCAUGUUGAUGUGAGUCAAGUCGACAACAUGUUCAACCAUCCCUGUUAGCACAUUGUGGAAUAUUUUCUAAGUGUCGUGCAAAACAACUUCCAAAUGUGACAGGUCAACUUCAACUGAAAUGAGUUGUCCAGUUGGAGUUGAAUCAAAUCAACUGAUCUCUGGCAUCACAAGGCAACUUGUGAAUCAACACAGAUUGACUUCUGGUUGGUUGAUUUAUAAACUGCCUUAGAGGAAUUGACUCAAUCUGGGUGUAUCAGGCAACUCUCUUUAUUUUCAGCAUAGAAGCUUUUUCAAAAUAACUGAGAUAGGAAGAUUGGUCAAAAACUUAUAUUUCAUUGCACAGGUGAACCCAUUUAAGUUAUUUUAUAAAAGCAAUAGACAGCACUUCCUAUAGUUUUGCUGGCAAAAUAACCUACUUGGGAUGUUGGGAAAUAUGAGAAAAGUUUGUAAAUCAUGCUCUCUUACACAAGAAAUCAUGCAACAGUGGUAAUCCAGCUUUACAGUGUAAUGUCAGUUUUUCUGGUGAAAGAAUCCCUAUAAAAAGUAGAUGGUUCCACUCAAGAAGCUAAGGGCACGACUGAGUUAGCUCUCUCUCUCCCAAGAGUGACCAAUAAGUAAUUUCUCCUUUCAGUAUCAAGUGUCCUGUGAAGCAGAGAGGUGACGGGAAGAGAGAAAAUAACAACAGACAGAAUAAUGUUUGAUUGAAAACCAGCAUGUUGUAGGAUUCAACUUGGAAGAAAAGAAAUUGUUCUCUUUCCUUGAAAUUAUGUGCAUGUUGUUAGGAGUAAUUAUGAGUACUAGUGAUCGUAAAACAAGCUUGACUGGAAGGAUAAACAUAACCUAGGCCUCCUUAUCGGGAGAAGCAGUGACCUUAUGAUUAGUAUGCUGGGCUCUGGGUCAAGAGGUCCAGGUUUAUGACCUUGCCGAGUUGUCAUCGCGUUGCGUUCUUUGGCAAAACACUUUACUUUCAUCUUUCAUUGAGCAUCCUCUUUGGAUAAGCUCCCCUCCUAAAGUCAUAAAGAUCAGUGCCUCUCCCAACUUAGGAGUUUAAAAGGGUACCAGUGAAUUUCUUGGGAAGGCUGAUGAAAUGCAGAGGGGGAACCUGGUGAUGGACUGGCAUCCCAUCCAAGGGGGAGUAGUUAUAUUUGUAGUUACUUCCUGCUAUAGAUAAGCUGGGGCUGGACAGACCACCUGCCUCGAGUACAGACAUAACUUACCAUGCAUCCACAUCAUCAUUUUGGCAACAUAAGUAGGGGAGCCAAUCUAAAAUUUUAGUCAUUAGGAGGGGAGCUUAUCCAAAGAGGAUGCUCAAUGAAAGAAAGAUGCAAAUUUGAGGACUCACCUUAUGGAGAUAUCUUUUAUUUACCUUUUUUAUACAGCUUUUUGACUUGAGUGUUUGAGCAAUGGCUGAUGAAACAAGAGAGGAUGGUACUGGUCUCAUGAAUCAAGGAGAAACUCCUGAGGAAAAAUCCCCACAAGAAUUAUCAUCUGCUGAUGAUAUAGCUGCUGAUGAAUUGUUUGAUUCUUUUAUGGAGAUUGCUAAUGAUCCUAAACUCCAAGAAGAGGAGGCUAAUGCUAUAAGUGGAGUUGGAGAUGGAGUAAGGGAGCCCUCUGACCCUCCUGAUCAGAAGCUUCAAGACAGCAGUAGUGAUGCAGAGAAACAAGAUAAAAUGGAAGGAACAAAUAAUCCAGGAGAAGCAAAUGCUUCUUCUGAUCCUUCCAUCUUAGAGCAAAAUGAUUCUAAUAGCAUCACUGAUAAACUACAAACGGAUGCUCAAACUGGAAAAAAUGAUCAGAACAAAACAGAAAGUGAUCUUAAGGAUUCUUUGAAUAGAACACUUGAGCAAGAGGAAGCAGUGGAAUCUUCAGAUCUGUCAUCACCUGUUAAGGAAUCCAACAACAGUGAGAAUGAACAGUCAUGUCCUCAAGGUAAAGAUGGAGUGGAAGGUGGUUCUGCAUCAUACAUUUCUGAUAGUGGUGAGGUAAAUUCACAUGGUGCACCUGAGCAAGGUGCUACAGAGGUACCAUAUGAAAAAAUGGCAAUAUCUAAUCAGAUUUGUGAUGAAGAGAAAUCAGUUGAUCAAAAUGGUACAACUGUUGUUGUUCCGUCAAAUCCAGAUGCAACAAGUAAGUCAGUAAGGACAGAAGAAAGUUUAGAAAAGAGUUUGAUUGAUACUGUAGUACAAACAACUGAAAGUAGUGAGACUGAUAGUGUUGACAGUGCUAAUGUUUCAUCUGGUGAUGUCCAAGAGGUUGAUAGUGAGAAUUACCCAAAAUCAACCACUACUGAUCUUGCCAAGAGCUUAUCAAAGGCCAUGGAGGAUCUAGCAGGGCUUGAACAGCAACUGUGUUCAGCAAUGACUCAGAUGAAACAAUCAAAUGAAAUGAAAAUAGAAGAAGAAAGUGGCAAAGAAGGAUGCAUUGAGGCGAUUACAUCAGAAAAUGUUGACAAUGGAAACAAAGAUGAAGAGAGUUGUAAGAAGAUAGCAGAUGAAGUUGAUAAUGACAACAGGGAAACUGAAGUGGACAUUACUGAAACACCAGUCGUUGAAAAGGAAAAUGCUGUAUCUGAUGAGCAAGUUCUACCAUGCAGUGAGGAUUCACAAGUUGAAGACAGCAGUGUCUUGGAGACUAGUAACCCAGCAGAUGGACAUGAAGAUGUAGGGCAAGAAGGUGAAUUAUCAGGAGAAGUAAGUAAUGCAGAGGAACCUUCACAAGAGGUAACAGGACAGGAAUGCAAAAAUGACCUUGACAAUGCCUCCACUGAGAAGUCAGAUUCUGCAGAUGAACUUGACUUGGAAGUUGCAAGGAGUGGCAUGGAAGCAGCAAUACCUGAUAUUGAAAUUACAACAGACGAGAGUGGCAUAUCAGCAGGAACAGAGGAAAGCUCAUCAAACAGUCGACCAGGAACACCAGCAUCAAAUGAGGAUGGGAUAGAUUCAGACACACCUUCUGAUUAUGGAGAUGAUGAGGAGAAUAAUGCCUUUGGUACUGACAAUCUUGGAGCUUCUAAUAGAAAGUCAUGGCUUCUGGAAACAGACAGGGAACGCUUGUCAUCAGAUUCAUCAACUGUUUCUGAGAGAGACUUCCGUGAAAGUUUUUCCAAAAGUGACAUUCCUGAUGGAAAAGCAACUAAGGAGGGUUAGUGCUGACCUAUGUGAUUUUUUUAUUUUAACCCUUUGAUCCUGUUAUAAGCAUCUAAUUUCUCCCUAAAAUAUCACUCCUGAAUCUGCACACAUUAAGUUCAUGAGGAUAUUGGAAAUGUUCACAACCCAAAUAAACUCUUCAUUUUUUAACAAAUUCUCCUUGUCAGCUCAAAAGGAAAUGUUUGGAGAACAGUAUGGAGAAUAUGCAUACUGAUGUUAGGGUGUUAAGGCUUAAACUUUCCAUUCUGAUGCAACUCUGAUAAGGUCAUGCAUGGAAGCUGACAGCAGAAGAUGGACGACCACACCAAACAAUCAUUUCCUUACAUGUAUGAUCAGUCCAUCAGGCAUAAGAGGGAACAGGAAAGAAGAGAUUAAAUUCUUCUACCCUAUGCAAUGCAAUUUUUUUUUUGUUUAGAUUACAUCAGAGGACACUUGUUGAAGAUGGGUGGAUCCGGCUUAACCCCAAAGAACUGGAGGAAAAGAUGGUAAGAGAAUUGUCAAGUGAAGGAGUGUGAUGCAAACAGUCUAUGGCAAUUAAUUUUUGUUCUAAUCAUAUCCAUUACAAUCUCCUCAAAUGUGAUUAGAGCAUCAGCUGCUUUUUUUUUUCUUUAAUCAUUCUGUACAGUUGUAAUAGGACAGUGUAAUCAACAGUUGGCUGUAAUUGGACACCUCUAAUUGGACAGUUGAAGCAGCCAAUCAUACUUUGUCCUUUCAACAACCAAUUGUCCUGAAAAAUAGAGUGGAAUUUCCAAAAUUGAGGAAUUUUUUACUUAGUUAUUGUCUCUACCAGAGAUAUUUGUCCAAAAAGUAUUUCAUUUUAGUUAAUUGUAACUGUUUUGAUUAAUUGGUAACAGGACUUUGUGUCCUCAUGGGGACUCAGAAUUUUUCUUUGUCCCAUGCUUGUGACAAGACAAAAAACAUCUUUCUUUAUUUAGGACUUUGCAUAGUCCAAUUCUGUCGGUAAUCAUACUCUUGAUUUACAAAUUGGACUCCCACUUCGGGAUCAUCUGAUUUUGUUAGUCACUCAACAUAUAAUUUCAGACCAAAAUGGACUCCACAUGAUCCUAUUACUAUUAUGAACCUGCAAUCAAAUAAACAUGUCUUGAUAUGUUACUUGCUUGCAUUAGGUUUGUGUUGAGAAGUGACAACUGCCUGUACUACUACAACAAACAAAAAGAUAAAUCACCCUGUGGUGCAAUCAUCUUGGCAAACUACUCAAUAUCAAAAGCACCUGAGAUUAACAAACCCCACUGCUUCAAGCUGACCAAAGGUGGUGCAAGGACAUAUUACAUGUGUGCAGGUAGUGACGUGGACAUGCGCAAGUGGAUGAUGGCCAUGAUGGAUGCAAUCAAGGGGUCAUCUGGCAGUGUAUGUAGUUUUUUUUUAAUCUCUUAUUUAACAAAUAUCACAAGUAAUUAUCAGAGCUCUCAGUAAGAGCUGGCAGCUAGUGAAUUUGACAGGCUCUUUUGCUUGUGCAUGCCACCUCCCUCUGCCACCUCAGAUUUUAGAAAUAGAGUAAGAAACAUUUGGUCGCAGAAUAUGAGCUUUGAAUGGACUGAGAUUUAUUGAGGUAUUUUAGUGAUUCCUGUUGGAUAUUGGCUUUUGACAUUGUUUUGAUGUUUGAUUGUUUGUUUGCUGGUUUUUCCAAUAUCCAACCAUAUUAAUGAAACAAACUUUGUCAACAAUGCAUAUCAUAUAUUCCUCUUUCCUUCUCACAUGCAGUCCAAUCCAUUCACUCUUUCGGAAGGAAGUGUCCACAAUGUCAGCAUUCCUGCCCUAUCAAUCAGGGAUCCUGAUUGCCAUGGUUACCUACACAAGCAAGGCCAGGGUAUCAAGGUUUGGAGGAAACGCUAUUUUGUCCUUAAGGAUGGCUUUCUCUACUACUACUCUGACAUGUCCAACACCGUUGCCUUGGGCGUGGCAAAGCUUCAUGGCUACACAAUUCAAAUAGGGGAGCAGAAGGAAAAGAAAUACUACUUUAAAGCUGUUUCUACAGAUCCAUUAUAUAGGACUUACUUUUUUGCUGCCGAUAGUGAUAUGGACAGGAAUAGGUAGGAGACCUUAGUUGUAGGUGUGAAAUACCAUCACAACAUCAUUCAUGAGAAUCAAUUCCAAAAUGGUUGGCCUGCGGAUUUUGCUGUUAGGGUCACACGUUAUUGUAAUGUUAUGAUAUCUGAGUUUUAUGGCUCCUCUGUAGCAUGAGGUAUUUUGAUGGGAUUCAUGUAUUCAAAUUUUCUGAACAUACAUGUAUGCCAGCACCAUAUAGGUAUAUACUUUCCUACAGAGAGAGGGAGAGACAUUAUAAGGGUAAAGAGUUCAGUCCAAGUUUGCCAGAUAGGCCUUUAAUUGUCAUCUCUCAAUCUUUACACUUAUGAUCAGCAGUGAAAUGUUCUCCAGCAGCUAUGCACUAUUUUCAUUUUUUUUUAGUCUUAGUGCAAUCUUAUGUUAGCUGUGAUCCACCGCUGGUUGGCAAUGGGGAAUAACCAUUCACAAUAUUGUCCCCUUAGCAUCUAAUUUCUCCCUACAAUAUCACAGCCAAAUUACUCAUUAAUGUCAGGAGAACAAAGGAAAUGAUGGCAACUAAAGAAGCUCUUGAUUGUUACACAAAUUCUUCUUUUCAGCACAUAAGGAAAUGUAUAGCAAGGCGUGAAAUUGCACCUAAUGCAGGCGCCAAUGCGACUAACUUUUUCACUUUGGCGACCAAAUCCUGGAAAUUAGUUGCCAAAUUGGUGACUAGAAUGUUUCAUCAUAACCUUACCAAGAGAUAAAGUGAAUUAAAAAGAUUUGCAAAGAUAAAUCCGUCGCAAACUUCCUUGUUAAGUUUGUUUCCAAAACGCAACAGAUGCAUCUCAAUCGAUAAUUAGACGCCAUCUUGGAAUUAAGUGAGCUUUAACGUUGUAUAUCGUCCAUCCUAGUGUCCAUUUUGUAGCACGUUAAAGAUCUUUUCCCAAACUUAAUUUUGGAGGGUCUAUCUAGAAUGCUGACGGCUUAAAAGAAGGUUUUGUUUGUCUUUAAAAAGGGGCCCAACUUUUUUUCACUUGGCUACCACUUUGAAGAAUUUAGGAGCCAAGUGGCUAUCAGAAAAAAAAUUAAUUUCACGCCCUGUAUAGGGAACAGUAUGGAGAAUAUACAUAGUGAUGUUAGGUUGUAAAGUUGUAUUAUCUGACUUAACAAUGAAAAAGCCAUUAAAGCUAAUAAUAGCCAUUUUUAUUCUGGCUUUUUUUGUAGGUGGUUUUCAAAACUGGAGGACUCCAUCAAGAAAGGAUCAAUAGUCUGUGGAUAAGGAAUGAAAGCAUAAUUUCAAGGUUAAACCAUUUUUAAUGACUACUGUGACUGCUGGUCUUCACUUUUGUGUGUGAGUUUAACAAGUGGCAAUGGAUCAGAAAUACUUUCAUAGUUUUAACCUGGAAUAUCCAACACACAUUUUUUUCAUGUAAAAUUUUUGACAGAGAGAGUAAAAAGAAAGAAACAGUGGGAAAGGAAGACAAUUCAAGAAAUAGUGAGGCAAUUGAGAAACAAAUGGGCGUGGUAAUGGGAGGGUGUUGAGUCACUUGUGUGUGUGUGUGUGUGGGUGGAGUGGUGACAUAGCAGGUUCAAAGAAAAGAAAAGAAAAGAAACCAAAAGACUCUCUAAGAGUGAAUUUGUUUACUAUUGUUGUUGUUUUUGUUAUUGUAAAUAUAGUUGUGGUGGUGUUGCUCUUGAUUCAAGACAAUUUUUGAGUCACUCUACCUACUAUGCUAUGUACUUUUAUCAUCUUUUUUGACCAUAGUGUCUUCAACUUUAAUAUUUUUUGCAAGUUUCAAGAUCUGGGAGAGGUUGAGAAACACAAGAGAACAAGUUAUAUUGUUAAUUUUGUUAAAUGUUUCAGAAAUAUAUAAGAAAUGAAGAAAAAUUUUAUAAAUGAUUUUACAUAUAUCUUUUACUUCAGAAAAGCAAAGAUGAUCUUUAUAAUGGCUAUUGGUACCACUUUUUUUUAUACAAACAUGCAUAUGGAUGGUACAGUUUCCACCAUAGGAGUGUAUGUAAAAUUAAACAUCUUUCAGCCUUAGAAUCUUAGCUUUCAUACCCUCUUUGGGUCUUCUUAUACACUGUGUUUUAAGCACUGGGUUGUAAUUUUUUCCUUUAGUCAUUAUGAAGAUUUAAAUUAUGCCACAAAUUUUGCUUAAUUUAAUAAUGUGAAAGCAUUUUGAGAUAGUUUCCUAGGUAACAAUUUUGUGGGAUCUUUGCAUAUGUGGGCAACAAAUUUACAUGAUCAGAGGCUCAGGAUUUUGUAUGGCUUCUCUUAGAAAUUUAUUUUGAGAAUAUGGAGUUUGAUGUUGAACAAUUUUUACCAUUGAUAAUUAUUUUUGUUCUCAUAAACACAAAUGUUUUCACAUUCUUGAAUUGCAAAAUUUGAAGGGGAGACAGAACAUAAUGGUGGUGAAGCUGUACUUUGCAGUCCAGGUCGCAGUUUUUCAAAGGGUGGAUAUUGUUAUUUCUGGAUAAAUUUCCAUAUGGCAGACAGCACAGUGGUUAGUGAUUUAUCCUUUGGAUAGGGUUUAUCUACCCUUUGACCAACUGGGCCUUAAGAUUCAGAAAGAUUAUAAUAUUGUAGUUCUUGUUAUGAAAGCAUUGCUUGUGAAUAAUUAUCAAAAAAUUAAGUAGCCACACUGCCAAUAUUUAGUUUUAAAUGUAACAUUAUUUUGGUUUUCUCAUUAAAGAGAUAUUCACUUGGAAUACUGCUUCCAAUUUUGCUCUCAGUUUUGUCCUUUUCUGGCCUGACAAUAAACACUAGUAAAUAAAACUUCUAGUUUCCUUGCCAUCAACUGUUCAUGAUGUAACAAUUCACAUGAAGUCAUUGUGAGUAAAGACCAUUGGAAACCUUUGGUCAGCUAGUGUAGACUGAGUUGUUUAGGUUUUUUCCAUCCAUAGCUCAUUGUUUAUAUAAAUCUUUGUAUCAUUCACAAAUUACACGAGAAGAAUAAAUACUGGAGGAUUAGGAAAUUUAAUGUUUCAGCAUGUAAAUUAACCCCUGAGUGACUGGCUUCCAACCUCUCCUUACAGUACCACUCCUAAAUCAAAUAUUAAGGUCAUGAGAAUAAAGAAAAAUGAUCCCAUGCUAAGGAAGC